AUGAAAUCUAAAUUCUCUACAGAUUCGAUUUUUCUCUAAACAGAUUCUGAGUUUUGGAGAAAUGAGUAGAUUUAAAUAAAGGAAUAAGAAUUUAAAGAAGAUUAUUUUCUAUUCUACUCUAAUACUAAAAAAUCAUACAAAAAUAAAGUAUUGAAGAGACAUGGUCCAAUUAUAAAAAAACUGAAAAAAAAUGUAAAUUUAUUGAGAUGUAAAAAGGGAUUAGAAUUAUGGUGUGAUGUUUCUAAUGCUAUAAUUGAGAUGCUUGAGAUAUAACAUGUAGGCUAGGGAUUGAGGAUAACUAAGAAUUCAUAUUCUUUAGAGUUCUUUGGAUAUGUAGAUGGUUGGUUUAAAGAAUUAAAAAAAUUCUGUAUACAAAAACAGAUAAAAAAUCAAUUUAUUAUCAGCAAUAAAUUAGGUUGCGGGAACUAUGCAGAUGUAUAAUAGUUUAUUAAUAAUUUCAUAGGUUCAUAGAUUGAUAAGGAAGAGUGAUGAAAAAGAAUUUGCUGUGAAAAUUUAUGAUAAAUUAUCUAAUAAAUUUGAUUCUGAAUGUGUAAUAAAGGAGUUAGAUAUACUGAGAAAAAUGGAUCAUCCAAAUGUUAUUACAGUAUUAGAAACAUUUGAAUCACAGAAAUACGUAUUCAUAAUUACAGAAUUGUUGAUUAGUGGAAAUUUAGAUGAUAUUCUUUCAAAAACAGCACUGUCAGAAGAUGAUGCUAUUAAAGGUAUCUUCAAAAUUAUAGAUGCUCUUACAUAUAUACAUUCUAAAGGAGUGAUACAUAGAGAUAUUAAACCAGAAAAUAUUUUAUUGAGAAAACCUAAUCUAGAAGAGAUUGUUAUAUCUGAUUUUGGAUUAGCUGAAUAUCAUAAUGAAGAAGGUUAAUAUAAAUAUCAUCGAUGUGGAACUGCAGGUAAUAUGGCACCAGAGAUUUUAAAAGAUUUAUCUUAUGGUUAUAAAGCUGAUUGUUACAGUGCUGGAAUCAUAUUUUUUUAAAUGUUAACUCAAGGACAAUCUCCAUUUAUUGUAGAAGAUUAUUAAGAGACCCUUUAAAGAAAUGAAUAAGGUUAAAUAGAUUUUUCAGUUGUUUAAUCAUCUCCUACUGUUAUGAACCUCUUAAAAUAAAUGUUAGAGCCUGAUCCUUUUAAAAGAUGUUCUGUCUAAGAAGCUAGAUGUAAUACUAUAUUUAAGAAAUUUAAUCGAUAAACUAUAAUUAUUAAAAGAAAGAGAAUAUAUUAAGAUCAUACAGUUUCUAGUUAUAGUCCAAGAAGUACUUCAAUUUACUAAAGUCCAACAAAUUAGGCUUCACCUCAAAUACCAAUAAGUCCUUCAUAUAAAUACGUUGGAGUUAAAAAUCUUCAUUCGAUUCCAUUAAGACUUAGGAGUCAUGAAAGAAAAUUAUUUUCAUCUCCAAAUUCAACAAAUUCAGGAGCAAAUAGUGCUAAAUUAUAAAUAAAAUAAAAAAACUCAAAUUUUAAAAUAAAUCAGAAAAAUAACAAAACUAGCAUAUACUAAGGUAUGAGUUCAAAUAAAGCAAUUUGA